UAUUAGUUUAGUUCAAUCACUAAAUAACGACAAUAUUAAUAAUAAUCAACAUGGUCAAUUAUCUAUCGAUGAUAAUAAUAGUGAUGAUGUAUAUAUGUGCGGCGGUUUCGAUGAUAUAACAAUAACAAACCAGUGCUGGAAAUAUAAUAACCAAACCGGUAGUAAUCAAUGGCAACCAAUUAGAUCCAUGUCCACGGGUAGGGUAUGGUUUAAAUUGGUAUCGACUGAUGAUUCAAAACUAGUGUACGCUAUUGGCGGACAAACUGAUAGACAUAUAGACACCGAUAGUUGUGAAUCAUAUGAUCCCCAAACAAAUCAAUGGAAACUAUUGAAACCGUUGGCAUUUUCCAGAGAUGGUAUGGGUGCAGCAGUUUUGAACAAUACUAUCUAUGUUUGUGGCGGUUAUGAUGAUAAUACCCUUAAACGUCAUAUUGAAUGUGAAUAUUAUUCACAUGCGGAUAAUGACUGGCAUUUUACUAGAUCAAUGAUCCAGGUUAGGGCAUAUUUUGAAUUGGUAGCCCUUGGUGGCAAUAUGUAUGCAAUUGGUGGCGAUAUUGGUGGUAUGUAUUUGAAUACAGUGGAACGGUAUGAUCUGGCCAGUCAUCAAUGGCAACUGGUGGCCGGUAUGCAUAAAAAUAGAUCUGGCCAUGCUGCUGUAGCCUAUAUGGGCAAAAUCUAUGUGUGCGCUGGCGAUAGCUAUACUAAUAAUACAUGUGAAUCAUAUGAUCCCAUUAGAAAUCAAUGGACACUAAUUGCACCUAUGAAUGAAAUAAAACGUAUGGCUGAUCUACAAUUAUUAGUUUAUCAUGGUCAAUUGCAUGCAAUGGGUGGCCAGAGUCCAGUUACCGAUUCAAUUGAAAUAUACAAUCAAACUACUAAUCAAUGGCAUUAUAGUAGCCAAACAUUGCCGCAUAAAUCAAUGGCUUUCGGGGUAACAGUAUUGAAGAAACAUUAA